AUGUGGCGUGUGGCGGUAAUAAGCCUCCUAACAGUCAGUCGAGUGCACUGUCGCUCUAAUCGGGUCAUCGAUGUGUCGACGACAUGUGACAAGAACUCCAUGGCUGUGCACAUCACGAUGGAACAACCCUUCAAAGGUCUCGUGUUCAGCAAAGAUUUCUCCAGAGAAUGUCGAGUGCAAGGAAAGCUGCAACAGAAUGUUUCUCUGCACUUACCUUCAAACGCGUGUGGUGUUCGGACGUCCACUCUUAACUCGUCAGUAGAAGAACCGAACGAUACUGACGAUUUGUACUAUAGCGUUGAGCUCGUCGUGCAAAUGGAUCGUCAACUGCAGCAAUUAACUGAUCAAGAACUAAUGGUAAGGUGCAAAUUGCAACCACGCGCGGUCCGUAUUCACAGCUCGGCUCUGGAAGGUGUUAUCAAGACAAAAUUACGUGAACUAUCCGGACAAGAGGUUAAGAAAGUUAGGACGGGUCGCAAUCGGCAGGGCUUCGCGAGCGCAGCGGAGCUGGAGCGGGAGACGCUGCUGCAGGCUGCGCGCGCCUGGAUGCAGCUAGCGCCCGCCACGCGCGGUACCGGAGCCGAGCCCGCCGCUGUCGAGGUGGGUCAGCCCACGCGUCUCCUCGUGCAGUGCACGCUGCCUGUCGGCGUUGGUCUUCGCAUAACAAACUGCAUCGCCCACGACGGCCUUGGUGAAGCAUCGCAGAAACUUCUAGACGAAGCCGGCUGCCCUAUCGACGAAUCUAUCUUCGGCAGGCCUACAAUACAUGAACACAAGCACCGCGGCGAGGUAGAUAUCUCCGAAUUGACGUCGGCCGAUCCUCAGCGGAACAUCGAUGAAACAACGAGCAUGAAGCUGUCGAGGGACGAUCCCGACUAUAUGUUCAAGAACAUCAUGACGUACCAACAUGCCGUGGUCACCUUCUCUGCCUUCAAGUUCCCCGAUAGAGCAAAGUUGCAUCUGACCUGUGGUGUCGAGCUGUGUAAAGGCAAUUGUCCGAAAAUCGAUUGUCAAGCGUUGAGAAAACCGCAGCAGACAAGAGACGGGCUACUAAGGAAGGCUAGAUUGGACAAAGACGCCCGAGGGUUAGUUAUUGACAGACUGGAAGUGUACAAUAGUAUAGAAGUUCUAGCGCCUAACAUCGAGUUGGAAGACGAAGCUUCAAUCAGAGGUUCAAGACGGCUAGACGGCGAGAAGGAUGAAUUCGUCAGACUAGGAUUCUCUCCAGGAGAUAAAACAAUAUGUUUAUCACCAGGAAAAAUGGCCCUAGCUUUCUGUAUUUUAGGCCUGAUAUUCCUGUGCGCUAUAGCCGUAGCGUUUGCAUCGUUGAUACGUGCGAGACGACGAGUAACCCGUGAGCCACUACACACCUCCCUCUCAUUCUACACCGGCAGUAAGAGUAUGUUCUCUUCCAGUGAGAGUUCCAGUUCAGGGAUAAGUGGGAGCAAACUGCUACUAACUGAUAGUCCUUAUUUAGACCACCAUUCGUCAUCCAGCAAUAACUGGCCAUAUGCAAGAGCAUUUUAA